GUCUGCCUCAGCACAGCCUCGACGCUUCUCCUCGGCGGCGGGUGCUGUGCUCCCCGCUGCCGCCGGCAGCGACAACAACCUGAGCACCCCACCUCCAGGCGGAGACAGCGGCGGCCCCAACCCUGUCCGGCCGAGCCUGGGUGAGUCCCGCUGUCCUUCUCCCGCCCUGCGCCCGGUGUUCUGCCGCUCCUCGAGCGCAGGGAGCCUGCCGCCCCGCUCCCGGGCAGGCGGAAUGCAGGCUCCUCCGGAGCCGGAGGCAAGCUGCUCCGGCGCUCCUCAUCCCUGCCGGGAGACACCCCGUCGCAGCUAACCACCACGGUCUCGCAAACCCUCCGUCCCCGCCGAGCACCGGCGACUGGGCGCUCCCGCGCUUCCCCUUCGCAAGGGGUCGCACCCGGGCACCCGCGGCAAAGCUGCUCCCACCUGCGCUCGGGGUUUGCGGCCGGCAGCCCCGCGCCCGCAGCAGCUCCGGCGACAGGCGCACCUGCGCCCGGACCCCGAGCUGGCGGCAGGAGGGUCGGGGAUGGGCUUUGCGGGGGUUGACGUGCUUGUGCCUGCCUGUAUUGCGAUAGAAACCCGGCAGAGCCACCCAUCAGCUGCCGCUGAAGUUUCAUUUGGAAGUUACCGAGCUCCGCCGCGGAAACUUGUGACGGGAGGUGCCACCUUGGCAUAGCCCCUCACCUGGCGGCGGCUGCUGCGCACCGCGGGACACAGCUUCUGCCCGGCCCGCAGGCACCUCUGGGAGCCCAGCCUCUCCCGAGAGCUCCCUCUCGCCCCCUGCCAAACCGGCAGGGCUCCCCUCGCUGCGGCUGCCAGGCUCCAUGUCGCUGCCGGUGUGACGGUGGGAGAGCCAGAGGCUCUUUUCGCCCUCCCUUCCCCCCGCUCGCUUCAGCUCAGCGGAAAGAUAAAUUUUUUUUUGUAACUCCGGCAGUAUUUAAUGGAACGGAAAAAGCAUGUUUCCUGCCCCGCACUAUAUAUAUAUAUAUAUAUCACGUCCUCCACCGCGCUGCCCCUUCCCGUACCCGAGCGGCCAGCGAUCCCCGGCUCUGCCCGCGUACCAGGCCCCCGGGCGCCCCGCUGUCCGGGAGGGACUCACUCCCGCCCCGGCAACACGGACCGCACCUUGCUCCCGUUCCUAGAGGCGGCGCCCGGGCCGGGGGCCGGGGCCAUGCACCCGUCGCGGCGUUGAGCACCGCGGCGGUGGCGGCGAAGCGGAGCCUUUUCCCUGCAGGCAGCCCCCGACCUGCGUGCGAGCGGGGCAGCGCCCGCCGCCGCCGCCCCUCAUGACCCUGCGCUCCGCCGAGUCCCUGGAGAGCACGGAGGGCUCCCGGGCGCACUGGGGACACCCCGGGACGGCGGCGCCUGUUGCCGAAGAGUUCUGUGAGGCGGCGCAGCUGGCCGCCGCUAUGGAGGAGCUGCGGCGGGCAGGAUGGUACUGGGGCAACAUGACUGUUGCUGAAGCUAAAGAGAGAUUACAGGAUGCUCCCGAAGGGACCUUCUUGGUUAGGGAUAGUUCACAUUCAGAGUAUCUAUUGACUAUUUCGGUAAAAACAUCAGCGGGACCGACCAAUCUACGUAUAGAAUAUCAAGAUGGCAAGUUUAGACUGGACUCUAUCACGUGUGUCAGAUCUAGACUUAAGCAGUUCAACAGCGUUGUGCAUUUGAUUGAGUACUAUGUUCUUAUGUGCAAGAACAGAACAGAAACACCUUCAAAUGGAACAGUUCAUCUUUACUUGAACAAACCUCUCUAUACGUCCACUCCAUCUCUGCAACACCGCUGCAGAAUAACUAUAAACAAAUGCACAAAUCAGAUCUGGGAGCUGCCAUUACCAACAAGACUAAAAGAGUACUUGAAAGAGUACCAGUACCAGGUAUAAAUAUAUUUUCUAAAUGCCUGUAAUGUAGCGUAACUUUUAAAUGCAAUUCUUAAAAUCAGCCAAAGAACUGAGUAACCAGUUGAACAAAUCAGCAUGGAAUUCACUAUCAAAACAGUGGCAGUUCUGGGGGAAAGGUUUUAAUUUCAGAUGCCACAAAGGGAGACUUUAUGUAGAAUAAUCUCAGCUUGCAUCCUCGGGGGUUCAACAAGGUGGCAUGCUAUUCUUGCAAGGAAAGAGAAGCCAGGAAUCUGUCCAGAUCAUGUUGCUUUGUCAAUGGCAUAAAAUACUUCACAAAUUAUCAAAUGCUAACCGAAGUAGUGGGGCUGGGAGAGACUGCAGAAGUGGUCAAAGAUGUAUGAGAGUGCAUAAGCAUCUCAGUUGUCUGAUUCCAUGAUUAAUUUGGUGCUGGUGUUCAUAUAAUCCUGAAAGCUUAACUGGAUCAUGCAGUGGUAAUCUUGCCAAAGUUAUGCAAUUAAUCAAAUCCAGUCAAAAAAUUGAUCUUGUAUUCAGUCUUUAUUGAACUAUAAUUCUCAUGCUUUUCUGCAAGCAAAGAAACACUGCAAGUAAGAAGUUCAAAACAUAGUUUUUCAAAGUUCUCUAAAAGCUGACCUUAAGGAGAAAUGCCACAUCUUUCAUAGGAACCCAGUAUGUUGUGGAUUAUACCAGAUUGGUAUCCCAGAAUUUUCAACAUGGUUAACAUCUUCCCAGUGGUGAUAUAUCCAUGUUAUUACUAGUAAGCCUGUUUUGCUUGAGGCUUUAGGACUGUAUGCUGCAGACUUGAAGUUACUCAGUUCCAAUGUCAAAACAUGGAUAUCAGCAGUUACAGCUGUCUUCUACAGUGUAGAAUUUCUUCAGCUUGUUUCCCAAAAUGUGGGGAAGUAUGUUUGGGGUUUUUUAUUGGGUUGGGGCUUUUUUUUUUUUUUUUUCUAAUUCACCAUUGUAGUUAUCAGACUAUUAAUAAAGUAAAUCAAAUUGCACAACAAUCUCCCAAUCUUUGUAUGUAUGGAUUUGCUGCUGUUUUUCAGGAAACGGUGAUUUUAGCAACCUAUAUAAUUUCCCAGGUAAUACUCAGAUAAAUGCACAUGUAUCGGUGAGGAAGCAUAUCCCUGCUUUGCCUUUAUGGUGCUGCUCAAAGGAAUAGCUGGAUUAGGUUGAGGUUAGUGGUUUAGAGGCUGCCUGCUGAAUUCCUGUAGUUAGGUAUUAGCAUAGGACAUUGUCUUUUCUGUUACAGCAGUCCUCCAAAUUGGAAGAAGGGUCAGAAACCCUGGGUACCUGUUCCUUAGCCUAAACAUAAACUGUUUAAGAGAAAAAAUAACCCAGAUGAGAGUAAUAGGGGAGAGUGAAGAGAGAAGCAAGGGCAUCAUCCUCAGUCAACUUUAACUCUUUCCCUAGCUUACUUUUUAUUAAAGCAAAUAGACAUGUGUUUGAACAAAGAGGAUUGUCAAGACUUGCUGUAAUGUAGCCCUGCCCAGGCCAAAACAGAAACAAUAUGAAAUAAUUGUCUUGUUUUCUUCAUGCCUUAUCUGUUCUGUAGUACUGUCACUAUGCUCUGUCCCUUCUCAUAAACUCUGGAGCAUCAACCAGCUUAUUUUGUUGCAUCUAAACUCCCAGUGUUACACGCUUAGCUUUAUCAUUAGCAUGCUGGCAGAAAUGAGUAGGACAGUCAUUAAGUGACUGAGAACCUGAGCCAGAAAGGGAUGGUUCCUUGGUAGCGCAAAUACUUGGUAUGUUGUUCUCUCCAUGGAAGAGGUGGGUUUUCUUUCUCCAUGUCUUCAAUUCUCUCUCCUCAUUUUUAAUGUAAGAUUUAGUAUAGAAAUGGGGCGAGUUUUCUCAUGAAAAACAGAACAAAAGCUUUUGUUCUGUAAAAUUUUUUCCCCAUGCCGUGCCAAAGUGUAGCAGAUUGUUGGAAGUUUUUCACAUCACAUGACGACCACCCUCUGGUUCCCAUCUCAGAAGAGCUCUUGUAUUCCAGGUAUGCAUCAUAAUCACAGUUUUUCUGUGCUUGUCAUCUGUCUUGCUAGGAUCUGCCACCCUGAAGUUGAAGAGGUUUUCCUAUGAGAAGUGCCUGUGAACCGUAUUUCUGGGAAUGCUUUCAAUUCUGUUGAAUCUGUUCUCUUACAGUUGUUGUCUAGCUCUACCUUGAGAUGAGAUAGCUGUGGCAGAGAGUAACUUUUGUCACAGUAAGAAAUGCUCUAAUCUGCUAUAUUAACUUUCUACUGGGGGCAUUUUUAGCCAAGGUGAUGCUUAGCUGUGAUAUGCUUGGGGUCUCAGUGGUGAACACAUUAUAAUAAGGUCCUUUAAAAUGAGUUCACUCCUGUCUAGCCCCUGGCCUCCAGGUUUAAAAUCAUGAACACCAAUGCUGGAACUGGCAGACUGAGAAGAUAAGAGUUUUGGGGUGCAGCAAGCCAGCUGUGUUGUACAUACAGGAAAUGAUUUCUGGCUCACUGCUGGCAGCCUACUGUAAGCAGUGGCAGGCCAGGUGUUCCCCACAGCAGAGCCAAGCUUUGAGGAAUGACGUGGGGCAGAUGCAGAGCAGCUCACUGGGCUUUUGUGGCCAGCUCUCCAAAACACAAAGGCGAAUGGCAGCCUGAGGACAAGGAAUGCUAGUAAAUCGAAAGGUGGCAAUUCUUGUUAACAAUACAGAGUAGUUUCUGUGAUGUGGAAUCAAAUCACCAAACACUGAGCAUACUGACUUACACUUUGUAUUGUUUGUGUUGGUUACUGUGAGGAAAAAUAGGGGCUGUAGCCAGGGCGUGCUCGAAGCACUGAACAAUAUUUUGAACAGACUGGAGGGGGAACUAGUCCUCUUUGUAUGAAAGCACAGUUCUUGUCCUCACUAGGAUGCCAGCCCUAGGGUUGAUGCAUUGCACUAGUAAAACUAAACCAUGCCAUAGCUUGCUGAAAGCUCUGCUUCAUUCUAGCACAGCACAGAGGAAUGACCUAUUCUGGUACAAAAAAAAUCCAAGGAUAGCACAUGAUUAGAUUACAGUGGUGCAAAAAUCUUGCAUGUAGACCUCAUGAAUUUCCAGGCACUGUCAUGUUGUCCAAACAUUUUAAAAAGAGUUCCAGUGCUUUCUGGGGUUUUGGGUUUGUUUUUUCUUUUUUUUCUUUUUUUUUUUUUUUCACUUUAUGGAUAUGGCUUGUUUGCAGCAGUAGCUUUUAAAUUGCUGCCCCUUUGGAUUCCAAAAAUUACUUCUAACUGAUAUAUGUCAUCUUGAAUUGCUAGUACAGAGUGUUCAGUGAAGCCAGUUUCACAGGUUCAGUGCCUGUGAAUCAACCCAAAAUCAUGAUAAGGACUCUAAUCAUAAGCCUUUUUUUUUUUUUUUUACCCCAUGUAUUGUUUUUUUUUUUCAUUUUUGAGUCUUGAGGUUUCAGAUUUUCCAGUUUAUUCCUGGAAUGUUAGUUCCUGAAUAAUGAAAGGACAACUGAGAGCCCCACAGUCCUCAAAGGUGAUGCUUAAAAAAUAAAAACACAAUUGUGAGAUGAAUGAUAAAAAUGUAAUUGAUGACUAUUUAAUUAGGCACUAAGCCCAGCAGAAGUGUGAACUAUGGCUCUGUCUUAGUUGUAUGGGCAUUUCUCUGCUGCCUUUUCUGUCACCAGAGACAGAAAAGGGUUCAAGUGCAAGAUAGGUGGGUAGACUGGGAAUGUAACCAAGCAGCUGCGCCCAGUGCAUCACAAGCAAUUUUGUUUUAAUCUCAUCUCAUUAAUAUUUUCCUAUUUGUAUUUUAUGUAACCACAUUCUAGAUCAACAAUAUAUAAUUAUUAGCAAGAAAGAAAAAUUGUUCACUAGAAUAUGGGGGCAGAGGGUUUUUUAUGUUAAAAAAAUACAAACAUAAUUUGUAUUAUGUACAUUCUGAAUGUACUCCUCACUGAAAACUGGAGCUUUAGAAUCUGAGACUCUUUAAGCAAACAAUCUAUGUACGAUAGGAAGGACAGGGCUCUGUAGCUGCAUGAAUUCCUGUACCAUGUCUUAGCAAAGUGUUCCUGGAGGUAAACUACCUUGUUGAUGAUCGUAGGAAAACUUUAUUUACUUACACGUUCUAUCAAGAGCUUCUUGUAUUCCUGAUAAAAUUUGUAUGGAUUUUUAUUUUGUCUAUAGGCUUAAUAUCUAGCAGAGAGUAAGUUGAGUGGUGUCAGGGCUUGUUCUUCUUAAGCCAAAACACGUGAUGGAAAUAGGAAGAGAUACCUUUAGAUAUGGGUGUCGUGUCUAAUAGGAAUAUAAAAAACAGUAAAAUAAAAUUUCUGCUGACUUUGCUGUCAUUAAAAUAAAUCUAACUAUCAUACUGACUGCUAGAGGAAAGGAUGGCUUCAGGAAUUCUAGAAGUUGUGCUACUGAGUCUCAAUAAGAAACUUUUCUCUUGAAAGGGCAUAAAAAAGAAAAACAACAAAAAACUAUAGAAUCAAAGGAAAAUUUUAGUACAUAAACCCUAAAAUUUCCAAAUAGAAUAACUAGAAAUUAUUUGGAAGGUCUGAGCUGGUUGGUGCUGUAUACACAAAGGAAGUGGGGAUGACAAGCUACUUUGGUAUCUCAGCCCAGCUCCUGAAAACCACUUCUUUAUUAGCGUUCACUUCAGCAGGUCUCAGUAUUUUGCUAAGCCCUUAGCAUGACUGAAAAUGCCUGGAAACAACAUUCCACCAGCACGUAACUUCAGUCGCCAAGGUCUGAGCACAACAACAUGGUGGUUUGCCACAGCAUUGCCAAGAGUGGGUAAUUUCUACAAGGGGCUGAAGAUCAGUCACAGAAACUGGGAGGCAGAGUUGGUGCUGCCAGGGGCUGCAAAGGCAUCACUGCUGACCAUUGCUGGUCCUCACCUGCUGUCUUAGACAGACAUCAUCUUACAAGCUAGGUAAAACACAGCUGCCAGGAAACCAGAUAAGAAGUUACUCUGCUUGCUGAGGAGGGAAUUACCUGUCUGGCUUUUGGUGUCUGAGAAGGGACUGAAGGGAAAGGCCAGCACCUCCUGUGAGAGGUGGCACUUCUCACAAGGUGUGUCAAAUAACUAACCAUCAGGACUAGUACAGUGUUGAAAGGUGUAUUAGUAGAGCUAAGCUAAUGCCUUUAGGUCCAGGGGAGUAGCUAAUAGCAGCACAGUUUAAACCACAUCUAAACAAAGUCUGUCUGGAUAACUGAAUUUCAGGAACUAAAAAAUAAGUGUCUAGCAAAAUCAGUCUGUCCUGGUCCAAGGGUUGCCAAGGGAAGGAGUGCUCAAAAACUGUUGUUUAUUGAUCAGGUUAUCUACAAGACUUUGAAGUAGCCAUUGCCUCAAAGAAAAUCGAGGGAAAUGUGAAAACACAGCACCAUAAUGAUGAUGUUUAGGCUGCCUGAUAAAUUAUGGAUUUUAUUCAACUUAAAUCCCUUUUUAAAAAAGGAUUGCACCUGUGUUUUGGUUUGUUUUCUUCCAGAAUUGGAGCCAUUAAUUCUCCAGGAACUGAAAUACCAAAAUAAUACCAUCACUUUCUAUGGUAUAAAGGAGGAAUAAAAUGGAGGAGCAAAAGCUGUUUAUACUAGCAUAAUGAACAAGCUGGCAUUUAGCAGGAGAAAGUUCAAACAGAUAAUACCCUGGGGAAGUUCAGUGCUGAAUGCUGCAAAGAACAAAAUUUGAAAACAAACUCCAAAAAUUCCAUGUUCCUGCCUUAAUUUUUCUUUCACUGGCAAGCAGGGUUUGCAUAAGUAAAUCCUUUUGUUUUCAGUCAAAUUGUUCCAUAACUGAUGUUUCAUAGCUGAGGACUGCAACUUGGUGCGAAGUCAGUUAACAAAUAGUAAAUGCAGAGGUAUAUAAAAUGUGGAAAAAGAUUCAAACCCCCAAAUUUUUCUUUUGACUUUAUUGAGAUUAUUUGGAUCAGGGUUGAUAGCAAGCAUUAUAUAAGAAACAAUUGUAAGACUGAUAGUUGAAGGCUGUAAAAUCCCUUUUCAAAAUGCUUUGUUACAAUGUAAUUGUACCUCUUUUACAUUGCAGUCCUGUUCUGCUGAGCCUCUGUGCCCACACCUGGUUUGUCUCAGGGGGCACCUCCAAAUUUGAGGGAUUGCGCUGGACACCUGUAUGACAUGUCACACAUUGGCUUUUUUCUUACCUAGUGUGCAGCUUGACGCAGUCUGGAGGACAGAGUAAGUUGUGCAUCAACUUACCAUUUAUGGGGUUUUCAGCUGGUUCAUUUUCUUUUAGGAAGAGAAAUACUAAACAAGACUGAGCCUGUAUUAGCUGCAAUUUACUCAUCUGUAAAAUAGACUUGACAUUUUGUAACUUAUCAGUGUGGGGUGAAAAGUCACUCAUAUUUCAAUUGACAUUGACAGGAAAUUUAGCUGCAGUGAUGGAGUACCUCUGACCGGCUGCAUUGCUAGAAAGAAAGAAGAAAGUUAGGAAGGUGAGAUUCUCGUCUGACUAGCUUGCAGGGGAAGUGGCACCACAGCUCCUGUGCGAGCUGAAGUGCUUCAGCCGCAUGUUGUCUGCAAGGGAAACUGCCUGUGCAAUUCCUGUGUUUUCUGGCACAAUUCAUGUAUUUAACUCCCUUGGUGGAGGACGCAGUGCCUACUGCAGGCUGCUGAACCAGCCCCACUAUAACCAUUCAUGGGGGCAGGUUUCAUUUUGAAAGGGAACAAAAUACAGUAAGUGAAUUUUUAAUUGAAGGUGAGUUCUUUUUUUGUUUAAAAACAGGAUGUAUGGGAAAAGUAUAAGCAGUGGCAAAUCUCUUGCUAGGCUACCUGUCUAAACUUUCCAUGAGCCAUUAUCUGCUCCUGAAAUGCCUCACCUGAAAGUAAGAACCUUUGAAAAUAUAAGUACUGUAUAUAUAAUUUGUACAUAUAUACAUACACAUAUAUAUGUAUGUAUAUAACUUGUCAAGUUCAAAGCCUGAGAAAGAAACAGAAGAUUACAAAAAGCAACAGUUACUCUCCUAAAUAAAACCAAACUUCCAGUCUUUUAUCUAAAAUGCUAGACAACCAUUUCAUGUGCUGUGACUUGCAAACAAAAUAAUUUAUUUUUGUGAAAAGGUUUCAACCUUGAAUCUUAAAUUCCUUUUACUUACUUGUCAAUGUUUGAUUUUCAGGCUAAUCUGUGAAUUUUCUUUGUUUGUUCUCACAUUUAAAAUGGUUGUUUUACAUAUAAAAAAACAGUUUCAUAAGUCUGGAAUAAAUAUGCAGAGGCUUGCAGUAUUUCAUCUGUCUCCUCAAAGCAUCUUUAAAUUAAACUUCAAGAACAAAUAUGUUAGUUCAUGUAUUUAGUGAAAAUGGACUAAAAAUUCUGAGAAAUACUGAGUCACAUUUUGCAAAUAUUAAUUGCAGGGGGCUUAUUGCAAUUCAUUGAGAGAUUCUUUUUGCUUUUUUUCUGGACUGAAUACAAAAGUUUCACAUUUGAUGCCUGUCUUCGAUGCCUGCUCUUUUUCUUGUAACUAUUCUGCAUUCAACUUUUGGCUACAGAUUAUUUGCAUCAAAGUAAACAGCAUUAAGACUUAAUUCACUGCAGCACUGCUAAUAAACACUUGUUUUUAUUACUGAAACAAAUGUAAAUGUAUAGACACUACACAGUCACUUCACACUCCAUGGUUUAAGAUGUUUUGAAACUCUUUGUGAUGUAUUUUACCUCCAUGCUGGACAUGCCUUUUAAUAAAAUCAUACUUCUAAAGAA